CAAAUUAGGGAUUGUAUGAUUGGCGUGUAUUGACCCUGGGAUUAAAAACUCUCGCAGUGAUAUGGAGAAGCAUGCAGGCUGAGUUGUUGGUUUGCCUGUGAGCCUGUGAGCGCCCCCUGUCAUUUACUCUCCGUCUUCUUCCACCAGCUAGUUUUUCUAUGGGAUUUCAAGAUGGCGUCGAGCGGAGGAGAUGGGGAACACGAAUGGACAGCGGCGGUGCGGCCGCUUUUAUCAGCUUCGUACACCGCUUUCGAGACGAAAGAGCUACCUCAGCUUAUCGGGUCUAUCAUCAACAGUGAGUCAGACAUCCUUCACCAUGACAAACAGUAUGAGCCUUUCUACUCAUCGUUCGUGGCACUCUCCGCACACUACAUCACCACAGUAUGUGGUCAAAUACCGAGAAAUCAGCUGCUGUCGGUUGCUGCAGCAUGCAAAGUACUGAUUGAAUUCUCGUUGCUACGCUUGGAGAACCCAGAUGAGGCAUGUGCGGUAUCACAGAAACACCUGAUUCUUCUCAUAAAGGGACUUUGCACUGGCUGCAGCAGGCUAGAUCGCACAGAAAUCAUAACUUUCACUGCUAUGAUGAAAUCUGCCAAGUUGCCUCAAACCGUGAAGACCCUUUCAGACGUGGAAGAUCAGAAGGAGUUGCCCAGUGCUGUGAACCCAGAGCUUCGACAAAAAGAAGUACAAAUGAACUUCUUUAAUCAACUGACUUCAGUUUUUAACCCUGACCUUACCACCAUCUUGGCCUCCCCAUCAGCAGCACACAUGCAGGCUGAGAGCGAUUGCGAUGACCAAACCACAGAUCAAGCUAUUCAGGCCAAAAUGAAAAAUGCCUUUGUCUCUCAGAAUGUGUCAAGCUUACAGGAACUUGGUGGGUCUGAGAAGUUGCUACGAGUGUGCCUCAACCUGCCCUACUUUCUGCGCUACAUCAACCGUUUCCAGGAUGCUGUAUCAGCCAACUCUUUCUUUAUCAUGCCUGCCACAGUGGCUGAUGCCACUGCCGUCCGCAAUGGAUUUCAUUCACUGGUGAUAGACGUGACCAUGGCUUUGGACACACUUUCCCUGCCUGUAUUGGAGCCCUUGACACCAGGCAGAUUACUGGAUAUGACUGUGCUGGCUUUGAGCUGUCUCUAUGCUGGUGUGAGUGUGGCCACUUGCAUGGCCAUUCUGCAGGUAGGUAGCGGCUUGCAGCUUCGCUCUGCCUCCACUGGGACUAAAGAGGAGGACUACGAAAAUGACGCAGCCACGAUUGUCCAGAAAUGUCUGGAGAUCUAUGAAAUGAUUGGACAAGCCAUCAGCAACUCUCGCAGAGCUGGAGGAGAGCAUUAUCAGAACUUCCAGCUGCUUGGAGCCUGGUGCCUUCUGAACAGCCUGUACCUGAUUCUUAAUCUGAGUCCCACUGCCCUGGCGGAUAAAGGAAAAGAGAAGGAUCCCCUGGCUGCCCUGCGUGUCCGGGAUAUUGCUGCACGAACCAAGGAUGGCGCAGGAUCGCCUAAACUUGGUCCUGGCAAAGGACACCAAGGGUUUGGAGUUUUGUCCGUGAUCCUGGCCAACCACGCCAUCAAACUUUUGACUUCGCUUUUCCAGGAUCUGCAAGUUGAGGCUCUACACCGGGUAAAUGAUGGUUGGGCGAGUGAUGGUCCACCAGCUGAGCUCAACAUCAUGGCACAGAGCACUUCCAUCCAGAGGGUCCAAAGGCUCAUCGACUCUGUGCCCCUGACCAAUCUACUGUUUACCCUUCUUUCCACUUCCUACAAAAAGGCUUGUGUUCUCCAACGCCAGAGGAAGGGCUCAGUCAGUAGUGACGCCAGUGCUUCAACGGAUUCAAACACCUACUAUGAGGAUGAUUUCAGCAGUACAGAGGAGGAUAGCAGUCAAGGGUCAGUGCUGAACUUUAUCAGCAAGGCAUUGAAACAGGUGUGUUGUCAGUGGAUCAGUCAGUCAGGUUGUGGCAGCAGUGAGCAGGCAGAGAGAAGACAGGAGAGGACAAGUGCAGCUUGUGUCUCAGAUGAUGACAGUGAACCCAUCUUGGGGCUAUGGUUUGAAGAGACAAUUUCACCCACCAAAGACAAAGUUGCUCCCCCACCCCCUCCACCACCCCCACCCCUGGAGACAUCUCCCAGACUGAAGAGCCCGAGCAAGCAGAAUCCAAGCGAGAAUGGAAACAUUUUAGCUGGCCGUAAAGACCCAGAACUGUUCCUCAGUUUAGCCUCCAGUAUUCUGAACUUCAUCACCACCUCAAUGCUCAAGUCCAGAAACAACUUCAUCCGCAACUACCUGAGCGUGUCUCUUACAGAACAGCACAUGGCUACACUAGCCAGCAUCAUCAAAGACGUAGACAAGGAUGUCAAGGGCUCCUCAGAUGAAGUGUUUUCUUUAGCUCUAUAUCACUUCAACCACACCCUGGUAACAUCAGAUCUUCCAUCCCCAGCCCUGCAGAACACCCUUCUUCAGCAGUUAGGUGUUGCGCCCUUUUCAGAGGGUCCCUGGCCUCUGUACAUUCACCCUCAGUCUUUAUCAGUCCUCUCCAGGCUUCUCCUCAUAUGGCAGCACAAAGCUACUGUGCAAGGAGAACCAGAUGUCCCUGAGUGUAUGAAAGUCUGGGAAAGAUUUUUGGGAACGUUGAAGCAACACACAAUCCAGAGUUCUGUUCACGGGGAAGACGACCUUAAUGUGGAGCACCUCCAGCUCCUGCUGCUCCUUUUCCACAAUCUGUCGGAGCGCGGUCGACGCUCAGUCCUGACCCUGGUCACCCAGGCCAUCACUGAAGUGGCACAGAGCAGAGACUCCCAGCUGAAAGCAGUGCCCCUCAACCUGGCCCGUCUGUGUCUGGUGUUUGACUACCUGCUGCGCCACUACUCCAAGGCUCCCUUGUACCUUUUUGAGCAGGUGCAGUAUAACCUCCUCACCCCACCAUCCACCGGGCCAAGUUCUGUUCAGGAAGGCGGCAAACGCAGUAGUCUACCACUUUACUAUGGAUUCAAAGAGGUGGAGGAGAACUGGGCCAAGCACUGUUCAGCAGAUUCAAACGUUCAGCCCAAAUUCUACUGCGUUCUGUCCCCUGAGGCAUCUGAAGACGAUAUCAGCAGACUGGACAACAAGGUCUUUCCUAAGCUGUUCAAUGGAGCAGUUAAAUAUGAUGAACUGUAUGCGUGGCUCAUCUCACUCCUGGUCGCAGGCUCUGAGUUUGACACCGCAAGAAGACAAGAGAACAAGCCCAUCACUCCUAUGGAGGCCUGCUCCCUUCAAUACUACUUCCUGAUACUGUGGAGGAUCCUGGGUGUUUUACCACCCUCGAAGGCCUACAUGGAGCAGCUAAAGAGUGGCUGCAGUGACCCCAGUGAGAGCGACAUCCUGCACACACUGCGAUGGUCAUCACGUCUCAGAGUUUCUACCUAUGUGAACUGGAUCAAGGAACACUUGGUGAAGCAGGGAAUGAAAGCAGACCAGGCCGCUGCUCUGGUUGAGAUGACAGCUGCUAAGUGCAGCACUGUGAAAUACGAUGUGGAGCUAGCAGAGGAGUACAUUGCCAGACAGAUUUCCACCUUCUCAAGUGUAGACCCGAACGUCAUCCUACCACUUCAGCAGUUACCCUCUCUACAAGCCAUCUAUACACUGGAUGCAGUCAUCUCUAAAGUGCAGGUUUCCCUAGAUGAGCAUUUGUCCAAGGUUGCCAUUGAGGCAGACACCCACAAGUCAUCUGAGAUCACGAAAAACCUUCUGCCUGCCACACUACAACUCACUGAUGUUUACACGGCCUUUACAAGGUCUUAUCUACUGAUGAACAUCCCAGAGGAAGGAGAGAACAAACUCACAGAGGCCAAGCUCCAAGGUUACGCUGCAGUUCUUUCCAUUGGCUCCACCCGCUGCAAGGCCAACACACUGGGUCAUAGUAUUAUGCAGAACCUGCCAGCGGCUGUGCAGACAAUAUGUGAGACCUGGAACAGCAUCCACACCAAUGAGUUCCCCAACAUUGGCUCAUGGCGAAAUGCGUUUGCCAAUGAUACCAUUCCAUCAGAGAGCUACAUCAGUGCCAUCCAAGCAGCUCACCUCGGCACAUUGAGUUGUCAGUCCUUGCCUCUGGCCUCGUCUCUGAAACACAUCCUGCUCUCUUUGGUUCGCCUCACUGGUGACCUCAUUGUCACAGAGGAGUUGAAUCCUUCACAGGUUGUGCGCACUCUGUUGCCUCUCCUCCUGGAGAGCAGCACUGAGAGCGUGGCUGAGAUCAGCAGCACCUCACUGGAGCGCAUCCUCGGCCCGUCAGAGUCUGACGCCUUCCUAGCCCGCAUCUAUGAGCGAUUAGUGACAGGGUGUUACAACAUCAUUGCCAAUCACUCAGACCCUAACAGUGGUUUGGAUGAGUCUGUCCUUGAAGAAUGCCUUCAGUACCUUGAAAAACAGCUUGAGAGCAGUCAAGUUCGCAAGGCCAUGGAAGAGUUCUUUUCAUUCAGUGGUGAGCUUGUCCAGAUCAUGAUGGCGACAGCCAAUGAAAAUCUGUCCGCAAAGUUCUGCAACAGGGUGCUGAAAUUCUUCACAAAGCUUUUCCAACUCACGGAGAAGAGCCCGAACCCGAGCCUGCUGUGUCUGUGUGGCUCGCUGGCCCAGCUGGCCUGUGUGGAGCCCUCUCGUCUGCAGUCCUGGCUGACCCGCAUGACAGCCACCCCACCAAAGGACUCAGAGCAGCUGGAAAUAGUGCAAGAAAACCGACAGCUUCUGCAGCUGCUCACCACUCAUAUCGUGCGUGACAACAGCCAGGUGGGCGAAGGAGUGUGCACGGUCCUUCUCAGCACACUCAUUCCCAUGGCAACUGACAUGCUGGCCAAUGGUGAUGGAACAGGCUUCCCUGAGCUCAUGGUGAUCAUGGCCACUCUUGCCAGCGCAGGACAGGGUGCUGGCCACUUGCAGUUGCACAGGGCAGCAAUCGACUGGUUGACUAGAUGCAAAAAGUAUUUAACACAGAAGAAUGUUGUGGAAAAAGUGAGCACAAACAUAUCCCAAGGAAAGCACGCCAGCAUGCUGGAAUGCUCGUGCCACAUCAUCUCCUAUCUGGCUGAUGUGAUGAAUGCCUUGCGGCAAAGCAGUGGCCAAGGCAACUCAGCACUGCUGAUGGAUGGAGAAGAGAAGGCCAUGGAAGUGGACUCGGACUGGGUGGAGGAGCUUGCAGUAGAGGAGGAUGAUUCCCAGGCAGAGGAUUCUGAUGAAGACUCCCUUUGCAACAAACUCUGCACCUUCACCAUAACUCAGAAGGAGUUCAUGAACCAGCACUGGUACCACUGUCACACCUGUAAGAUGGUGGAUGGGGUAGGUGUGUGCACAGUGUGCGCCAAGGUCUGUCACAAAGACCAUGAGAUCUCCUAUGCCAAAUAUGGCUCUUUCUUCUGUGACUGCGGUGCCAAAGAGGAUGGCAGCUGCCAGGUGAGACCGAAUACCUCAGGUCAUCAUGGGAAGAGAACAACAGCGGCCUUGGUCAAACGCAGCCCGAGCAGCGGCAUGGGCUCCACUCUGAAAGAGUCUUCUGCAUUCCAGAGUGAGCUUCGGAUGCCUGACAGUGCUAUCCGCCACCAGAAUGCCUCACCGUCCGACAAGGGCAAGGUCACCAUCUGUGAUGGCAAACCUGGUGAUGAAGACAGACCUAAGAAAAGCAGUGUGUGCAAGAGCAUUGAGGGCUGCCAGGAAGAGCUGCUAUCACAAGUGAUGGGAUCAUCCACUGCAGCAGUCAUACUGGAGAUGCUCAUGUUUCUCAUGGAAGCCAUCCAGACCAACUUCCAACAGGCAUCAGCAGUAGGAAGCAGCAGCCGGGCUCAGCAGGCCCUCAAUGAACUGCACACUCAGGACAAAACUGUGGAGAUGACAGAUCAGUUAAUGGUGCCCACACUUGGCUCGCAGGAAGGGGCUUUUGAAAAUGUGAGGAUGAACUACAGUGGGGACCAGGGACAAACUAUACGCCAGCUCAUUAGCGCGCACGUCUUGCGCCGUGUUGCCAUGUGUGUCCUGUCUUCACCCCAUGGCCGCCGCCAGCACCUUGCAGUCAGCCAUGAAAAGGGAAAGAUAACAGUUCUGCAGUUGUCCACUCUCUUGAAACAAGCGGACUCGAGCAAGAGGAAGCUCACAUUGACCCGUCUGGCCUCUGCUCCAGUCCCUUUCACUGUUCUCAGUCUCACAGGCAACCCUUGUAAUGAAGAUUACCUGGCUGUGUGCGGCCUCAAGGACUGCCAUGUGCUAACCUUCAGCAGCACAGGCUCUGUGUCAGACCAUCUGGUGCUGCACCCACAACUGGCUACUGGCAACUUCAUCAUCAAAGCCAUCUGGUUACCAGGCUCACAGACUGAACUUGCCAUCAUCACAGCUGACUUUGUCAAGAUUUAUGACUUGUCAGUGGACGCCCUGAGUCCCAUGUACUAUUUCCUGCUCCCAAGUUCCAAGAUCCGUGAUGCUACUUUCCUUUUCAAUGAAGAGGGGAAGAACGUUAUCGCCAUCAUGUCUUCAGCAGGUUACAUGUACACCCAGCUUAUGGAUGAAUCCAGCAGUGCCCAACAUGGCCCUUUCUAUGUCACAAAUGUACUGGAGAUAACCCACGAAGACCUGAAGGAUAGCAACGGGCAGGUGGCCGGCGGCGGUGUGUCGGUCUAUUACUCCCAUGUGCUCCAGAUGCUUUUCUUCAGCUACAGCCAGGGAAAGUCCUUCGCUGCCACAGUGAGCCGCAGCACCACCGACGUGCAGAGGCUCUUCCCCAUCAAUGUCAAAGGCUCAAAUGGCGGCAGCAGUAAGAUGUCGCCUGCUCUGUGCCAGUGGUCUGAGGUCAUGAACCACCCAGGACUGGUGUGCUGUGUGCAGCAGACAACAGGCAUACCACUGGUCAUCAUGGUCAAGCCAGAUACCUUCCUCAUCCAAGAGAUUAAAACUCUGCCAGCCAAAGCAAAGAUUCAAGAUAUGGUAGCUAUCAGACAUACUGCCAGUAAUGAGCAACAGCGUACGACCAUGAUUCUUCUCUGUGAGGAUGGAAGCCUGCGAAUCUACAUGGCCAAUGUGGACAACACCUCUUACUGGCUCCAGCCCUCUCUGCAGCCCAGCUGUGGCAUCAGUAUCAUGAAGCCAGUCCGCAAACGCAAAGCUGCUGCUACGACCACCCGGACCUCGAGUCAGGUGACAUUCCCAGUAGACUUCUUUGAGCACAACCAGCAGCUGACAGAGGUGGAGUUUGGAGGCAAUGACUUGCUCCAGGUCUACAAUGGACAACAGAUCAAACACAGGCUUAAUUCCACUGGGAUGUAUGUGGCCAACACAAAGCCUGGGGGAUUCACUGUGGAAGCAGUGAACAACAACAGCUCAAUGGUGAUGACAGGCAUGCGGGUGCAGGUGGGCACUCAGGCCAUUGAGAGGGCACCUUCCUAUGUGGAGGUCUUUGGACGCACCAUGCAGAUAAACCUGACGAGGGCCCGUUGGUUUGAUUUCCCCUUCACCAGAGAGGAGGCCCUACAGGCCGACAAGAAGCUGUCCAUCUUUAUUGGAGCAUCUGUUGACCCGGCUGGAGUCACCAUGCUCGAUUCGAUCAAGAUCUACGGUAAAACCAAGGAGCAGUUUGGCUGGCCUGAGGAUCCUCCAGAGGACUUCUCCUCUGCUUCGGUUAACAAUGUCUGCAGUCCCAACCUCAACCAGGGCAAUGGCACCUCUGAUGGAGACAUCGCCACCCCAACCACCACCAGUGGCAGUGUACUCGAGAGGUUGGUAGUCAGCUCUCUCGAGUCUUUGGAAAGCUGCUUCGCAGUAGGUUCCUCCAGUGAAAAGGAGAAGAAUAAGGUUGCAGCGCUGGAGUUGGCCACUCUACUCCUUUCAAUGCCAACCCCUGCAGGUGUGCAGCAGCAGACAAAGGGACUUCUUGCAAGCCUGCACACCAGUCGAACUGCCUACCACAACCAUAAGGACCAGUCCUUGCUGAGUAAUGCAGUGCAGUGUCUGAAUAGCUGCAGUCGUGAUGGGAGGGAGCUUGACCCUGAUGUCUUCCAGAGGCUCGUUAUCACUGCCCGUUCCAUUGCGAUCAUGAGACCCAACAACUUGGUGCAUUUCACAGAAACAAAGUCUUUACACCAUGACUCUGAAAUGACAGAAGAUGGACAAAAACAUGUGGAUGGUGAAAGCUGUAAUUUCAUCACACAGCUGAUGAAUAACUUCUGGAAGCUCCAUGCUCUAAAACCAAAGAACGCUUUUCUUGCUCCCGCUUGCCUGCCCGGCCUAACUCACGUGGAAGCCACAGUAAAUGCCUUGGUGGACAUCAUCCAUGCGUACUGCACAUGUGAACUGGAUUACAUCAAUGUAGCCUCCAAAAUCUACAUGCAAAUGUUACUGUGUCCAGACACGGCUGUGAGCUUUGCUUGUAAGCAGGCUCUGAUCAGGGUGCUUCGACCAAGAAACAAACGGCGACAUGUGACUCUUCCAUCUCCCCCACGCUCCAACACACCCAUGGGAGACAAAGAUGACGACGACGACGACGAUGCAGAUGACAAAAUGCAGUCGUCGGUGCUGACUGGAGGUGAAGAAGGUAGACAGGAGAGUCAGGAGCAGAGUGAAGUAGACCAUGGUGACUUUGAGAUGGUGUCAGAGUCCAUGGUCCUGGAGACAGCAGAGAAUGUCAACAAUGGAAAUCCAUCUCCCUUGGAGGCUCUGUUGGCUGGAGCUGAGGGUUUCCCCCCCAUGCUGGACAUUCCUCCUGAUGCUGAUGAUGAAACUAUGGUAGAGCUGGCCAUCGCUCUCAGCCUUCAGCAGGAUCAACAAGGCAGUAGCAGCAGCGCUCUUGGCCUUCAGAGCCUUGGCCUUUCUGGCCAGGCCCCAAGCUCCUCUUCACUGGACGCUGGCACGCUUUCAGAUACCACUGCAUCAGCUAUUGCUAUUAUUUCAGCCCCGGCAUCAGAUGAUGAGGGCAGCACAGCUGCUACUGAUGGCUCCACACUGCGGACCUCCCCAGCUGAGCAUGGCGGCAGUGUGGGCUCAGAGAGUGGAGGUUCUGCAAUCGACUCUGUAGCGGGAGAGCACAGUGUGUCAGGGCGCAGUAGUGCAUAUGGAGACACAACAGUGGAGGGCCACCCCACUGGUCCAGGCAGCGUCAGCUCCAGCACUGGAGCCAUCAGCACCACCACAGCCCAGCAGGAAGGCGAAGGUUCAGAGGGAGAAGGAGAGACAGAGGGAGACAUCCACACAAGCAACAGGCUACACAUGGUUCGUCUUAUGCUUCUGGAGCGCUUGCUCCAGCACCUUUCUCAGCUCCACAAAGUAGGUGGUGUCCAAGCCAUCCCAUACAUGCAGGUUAUCCUCAUGUUGACCUCUGACCUGGAUGGUGAGGAUGAAAAGGAUAAGGGUGCCUUGGAUGACCUGCUUGCACAGCUCAUUGCUGAGCUCGGCAUGCACAAGAAGGACGUGUCCAAGAAGAAUGAGCGUAGCUCUAUCAAUGAAGUUCACCUGGUCAUCAUGAGACUGCUCAGCGUCUUCAUGUCUCGAACCAAGUCUGGCUCCAAAUCCUCUUCCGAGGUGCACCCUCUUUCUCUCUUCCAGUCAUCCUCGCUUAUUUCAAACGCCACAGCGACUGCCUUGCUCAGCCUCGGUGCUAUUGACUACUGUCUCCACGUGCUCAAAUCUCUCCUGGAGUUCUGGAAAAGCCAACAGGGUGAAGAAGAGCCGGUGGCCACCAGCCAGCUCCUCCGCCCCCACACAGCCUCCUCUCCCCCAGACAUGAGUCCUUUCUUCCUGCGUCAGUAUGUCAAGGGACAUGCUGCUGAUGUGUUUGAAGCCUACUCCCAGCUACUGACUGAAAUGGUGCUUCGGCUGCCGUAUCAGAUCAAAAAGAUCGCUGACACCAACCCACGUAUCCCACCUCCUGUCUUUGACCAUUCCUGGUUCUACUAUCUAUCUGAGUAUCUGAUGAUUCAACAGACACCAUUUGUCAGGAGGCAAGUCAGAAAACUGUUGCUGUUUAUCUGCGGCUCCAAGGAAAAAUAUCGUCAGCUGCGAGAUCUGCACACUCUUGACUCCCAUGUGCGCAGCAUCAAGAAGCUCCUGGAGGAGCAGGGCAUCUUCCUCCGGGCUGGUGUGGUCACAGCCACGUCUGGUUCAGCUCUACAGUAUGACACACUCAUCAGUCUGAUGGAACAUCUCAAAGCGUGUGCUGAAAUUGCUACUCAGAGGACGAUCAACUGGCAGAAGUUCUGUAUGAAGGAUGACUCUGUGUUGUACUUCCUGCUCCAGGUCAGCUUCCUAGUGGAUGAGGGUGUUUCCCCUGUGCUUUUGCAACUGCUCUCCUGUGCUUUGUGUGGCAGUAAGGUGCUGGCCAGCUCCUCCUCCUCCUCUUCAUCAUUCUCAGGAGGGGGCUCCAGUAGUGCUGGACAGACAGGAGCUUCUCAGGCCUCUCAGAGCAAGUCCUCCAGUAAAAAGAGCAAAAAAGAGGACAAGGAGAAAGACAAAGAAGGUGAUGGAGUUGGCAGCCAGGAGGAUCAGCUGUGUAUGGCUUUGGUCAGUCAGCUUAACAAGUUUGCAGACAAGGAGACUCUCAUCCAGUUCUUGCGUUGCUUCCUGCUGGAAUCGAAUUCAUCUGCUGUGCGCUGGCAAGCCCACUGCUUGGCGCUUCAUAUCUACAGGAACUCCAGUAAAUCUCAGCAGGAGCUGCUCUUGGAACUGACUUGGGCCAUCUGGCCUGAGCUGCCUGCAUAUGGCCGCAAAGCUGCCCAGUUUGUCGACCUGCUUGGCUACUUCUCACUCAAAACCCCUCAGACAGAGAAAAAGUUGAAGGAGUAUUCCCAAAAAGCUGUGGAAAUCCUGAGGGCUCAAAACCACAUCCUGACAAAUCACCCGAACUCCAACAUCUACAACACUCUGUCGGGUUUGGUGGAGUUUGAUGGAUUUUAUCUGGAGAGUGACCCCUGCUUGGUGUGCAACAACCCAGAAGUUCCCUUCUCAAAUAUAAAACUGUCAUCGAUUAAAGUGGACACCCGCUACACCACCACACAGCAGGUCGUUAAGCUCAUUGGCAGCCACACCAUCAGCAAAGUCACAGUGAAGAUCGGUGACCUCAAACGCACCAAAAUGGUCCGCACCAUCAACCUCUACUAUAACAACAGGACUGUACAGGCUAUUGUGGAGUUGAAGAACAAGCCUGCUCGUUGGCACAAAGCCAAGAAAGUUCAGCUGACCCCAGGACAGACGGAGGUGAAGAUCGACCUUCCUUUACCCAUCGUUGCGUCCAACCUGAUGAUUGAGUUCUCCGAUUUUUACGAGAACUACCAGGCCUCCACGGAGACCCUGCAGUGUCCGCGCUGCAGUGCCUCUGUGCCGGCCAACCCAGGGGUGUGUGGCAACUGUGGUGAGAACGUUUAUCAGUGCCACAAGUGCAGGUCCAUCAACUAUGAUGAAAAAGACCCUUUCCUGUGCAAUGCCUGUGGUUUCUGCAAAUAUGCCCGAUUUGACUUCAUGCUAUAUGCUAAACCAUGCUGUGCUGUGGAUCCUAUCGAGAAUGAGGAAGACAGGAAAAAGGCUGUGACUAACAUCAAUACCCUGCUGGACAAAGCUGACCGAGUGUACCACCAACUGAUGGGCCACCGGCCCCAACUGGAGAGCCUCCUGUCUAAAGUCAAUGAGGCGGCACCAGAAAAGCCACAGGAUGACAGUGGAGCAGGUGCAGGACUGGGUACAUCCUCUGCUAAUGUGAACAGAUACAUUCAGCAGCUGGCUCAAGAAUACAGUGGAGACUGCAAGACAUCAUUUGAUGAACUCUCCAAGAUUAUACAGAAAGUUCUUGCAUCCCGUAAAGAACUCCUGGAGUAUGAUCUUCAGCAGAGAGAGGCUGCCACCAAGUCAUCCCGCAGCAGCAGCAGCCACCAGCCCACCUUCACCGCCAGUCAGUAUCGCGCCCUCUCUGUGCUGGGCUGCGGCCACACCUCCUCAACCAAGUGCUAUGGCUGUGCCUCAGCCGUCACAGGUCACUGUAUCACACUGCUCCGUGCACUGGCCACUAACCCAGCCCUCCGACAGAUCCUGGUCCUCCAGGGUCUCAUCCGUGAGCUGUUUGAGUACAACUUGCGGCGAGGUACAGCAGCCAUGAGGGAGGAGGUGCGCCAGCUGGUCUGUCUCCUCACUAGAGAUCAUCCAGAAGCCACUCAACAGAUGAAUGACCUCAUUAUCGCCAAGGUGUCUGCUGCCCUCAAAGGCCACUGGGCCAAUCCUGACCUGGUUAGUAAUCUGCAGUAUGAAAUGCUGCUGCUAACAGACUCCAUUUCAAAAGAGGGAGGGUGCUGGGAGCUACGGUUACGUUGUGCCCUCAGUCUGUUCCUCAUGUCAGUGAAUAUAAAAACACCUGUCGUGGUGGAGAACAUCACUCUCAUGUGCCUGAGAAUCCUGCAAAAGUUGAUCAAGCCUCCUGCGCCCACUAGCAAGAAGAACAAGGAUGCUGCUAUUGAGUCUCUGACCACUGUCAGGCCCUACAGUAAUGAAAUCCAUGCCCAGGCCCAGCUCUGGCUCAAGAAAGACCCCAAAGCAUCUUACGAAGCCUGGAAAAAAUGUCUUCCAGCAAGAGGCCAGGAGGCGGUGUCAAAGCCUCAGGGGAAGGCCGAGUUACGAAAGCAGUACCUGUUGGAGAAGUAUGUGUGGAAGUGGAAGCAGUUCAUGAGGUCCAGGAAAGGUGAAGGGCUCUUCCCUCGCUUGCUUAAACUGAGCCACAACAACUGGCUGCGACAGGUACUGUUCACACCUGCCACUCAGGCAGCCAGACAGGCAGCUUGCACUAUUGUGGAGGCCCUAACCACAAUCCCCAGCCGCAAGCAACAAGUCCUGGACCUGCUCACCAGUUAUCUGGACGAGUUGAGUGUAGCUGGAGAGUGUGCAGUGGAGUACCUGGGUUUGUACCAGAAGCUGAUCAAGCCAACACACUGGAAGGUUUACCUGGCAGCCCGUGGAGUCCUGCCCUACAUUGGUAACCUGAUCACCAAGGAAAUAGCCAAUCUGCUGGCUCUGGAGGAGGCCACACUGAGCACAGACUUGCAGCAAGGCUACGCUCUCAAGAGCUUGACUGGAUUGCUGUCUUCAUUCGUGGAGGUGGAGUCCAUUAAGCGGCAUUUCAAAAGUAGGUUGGUCGGCACGGUUCUCAACGGCUACCUGUGUCUGAGGAAACUGGUGGUGCAGCGCACCAAGCUCAUUGAUGAGACUCAGGACAUGCUGCUGGAGAUGCUGGAGGACAUGACAACAGGUACUGAGUCUGAAACCAAAGCCUUCAUGGCAGUGUGCAUAGAGACUGCAAAGCGGUACAACCUGGACGACUACAGGACACCUGUGUUCAUUUUUGAGAGACUGUGCAGCAUCAUCUAUCCUGAGGAGAAUGAGGUGACGGAGUUCUUUGUUACCCUGGAGAAGGAUCCUCAGCAGGAGGACUUCCUGCAGGGCCGCAUGCCAGGGAACCCCUACAGCAGUAACGAGCCCGGCAUUGGGCCUCUAAUGAGAGACAUCAAGAACAAGAUCUGUCAAGAUUGCGACCUGGUGGCACUGCUCGAAGACGACAGUGGCAUGGAGCUUCUGGUGAACAACAAAAUCAUUAGCUUGGAUCUGUCAGUGGCAGAGGUCUACAAGAAGGUCUGGUGCCCUACAAAUGAGGGUGAGCCAAUGAGAAUCAUCUAUCGAAUGAGAGGUCUGCUGGGAGAUGCCACAGAGGAGUUCAUAGAGUCACUGGACUCAACCACAGAUGAAGAGGAGGAUGAUGAGGAGGUGUACAAGAUGGCAGGAGUCAUGGCACAGUGUGGAGGACUGGAGUGUAUGCUCAACCGGCUAUCUGGAAUCAAAGAUUUUAAACAAGGAAGACAUCUGCUCACUGUUUUGCUUAAGCUGUUCAGUUAUUGUGUGAAGGUGAAGAUCAACCGGCAGCAACUGGUCAAACCAGAGAUGAACACACUCAAUGUCAUGCUUGGGACUCUAAACCUGGCCUUAGUGGCAGAACAGGAGAGUAAGGACAGUGGUGGAGCCUCCAUAGCAGAGCAAGUUCUGAGCAUCAUGGAGAUCAUCCUGGACGAAGCCAAUGCUGAGAUUUCAGAAGACAAGGGUAACCUGCUGUUGACAGGAGACAAAGAUCAGCUGGUCAUGUUGUUAGACCAGAUCAACACCCCAUUUGUGCGCUCCAACCCCAGUGUGCUGCAGGGUCUGCUGCGCAUCAUCCCGUACCUGUCGUUUGGUGAGCUGGAGAAGAUGAGGAUCUUGGUGGAACGCUUCAAACCGUGUUGCAGCUUUGACAAGUACGACGAGGAGCAUAGUGCCGAUGACAAAGUGUUUUUAGAUUGCUUCUGUAAAAUCGCAGCUGGAAUAAAAAACAACAGCAACGGCCAUCAGCUGAAAGACCUUAUUCUCCAGAAAGGAAUCACACAGAGUGCACUGGACUACAUGAAGAAACAUAUCCCAAAUGCCAAAAAUCUGGAUGCAGAUGUCUGGAAGAAGUUCCUCUCCAGACCAGCUCUACCCUUCAUCCUCAGAUUGCUCCGUGGUUUGGCCACCCAGCAUCCCCCCACACAGGUGCUGAUAGGCACAGAUUCAAUAACCAACUUGCACAAGCUGGAGCAGGUAUCCAGUGACGAAGGCAUCGGCACGCUAGCAGAAAACCUUCUGGAGGCUCUGAGAGAGCACAGUGACGUCAACCUGAAGAUUGAUGCAGCCCGCAGGGAGACCAGAGCUGAGAAGAAGCGUAUGGCUAUGGCCAUGAGACAGAAGGCCCUGGGAACACUGGGCAUGACGACCAAUGAGAAGGGUCAGGUGGUGACCAAGACCUCACUGUUGAAGCAGAUGGAGGAGUUGAUAGAGGAGCCAGGCUUGACCUGCUGUAUCUGUAGAGAGGGUUACAAGUUCCAGCCAACCAAAGUCCUGGGUAUUUACACUUUCACGAAACGCGUGGCCUUGGAGGACUUCGAAAACAAGCCUCGCAAGCAGCAGGGCUACAGCACUGUGUCGCACUUUAACAUAGUCCACUAUGACUGCCAUCUGGCAGCUGUCAGGCUGGCUCGUGGGCGAGAGGAGUGGGAUAGUGCUGCUCUCCAGAAUGCCAAUACCAAGUGCAAUGGGCUGCUACCUGUGUGGGGGCCACAUGUGCCAGAAUCAGCCUUUGCUACGUGCUUAGCGAGGCACAACACAUAUCUGCAGGAGUGCACAGGUCAGCGGGAGCCCACGUAUCAACUCAACAUCCACGACACCAAACUGCUGUUCCUCCGCUUUGCUACCGAACAAUCGUUCAGCGUGGACACAGGAGGAGGAGGACGAGAAAGCAACAUCCACCUCAUCCCCUACAUCAUCCACACUGUUCUCUACGUCCUCAACACCACGAGGGCUACGUCCCGGGAGGAGAAGAACCUGCAGAGCUUCCAGGAACAGCCAUGUGAGAAAUGGGUGGAGAGCUCAUACGAGGUUGAAGGACCGCACUAUUUCACCAUCUUGGGCAUGCACAUCAUGCCGCCUGAACGCUGGAGGACCUCACGAAUAUACUUCCUACGAAGACUCCUGGUCAACGCACACGCCCGCAAAGUCUCAGCAGUCUGCACCAACAAACUCACAGAUAAAGCACCAAAGGAAUAUGCAGUCUAUCGCUCACCUCUUCUCUUCUGGGGCCUGGUGGAUCUCGUCUAUGACAUGUUCAGGAAAGUACCCACCAGCAACACAGAGGGGGGCUGGUCCUUCUCGCUGGCAGAAUAUGUCCGUCACAACGACAUGCCCAUCUAUGAGGCCUCAGAGCGCGUGCUCAGGGCCUUCCAGGAUGAGCUCAUGCCUGCCGAGUCCUUGUCCGAGUUCUUUGAUGUUGUAGGUCUCCUCUCUGAAAUCGCAGACCCAGAUCUCUUCCUGCAGGAUUUGUUGAACUCUUUGCCCUGAUGGACAACUUCAACCCACACCCGUACAACACACAACAGCCCUGCAAAAUAACGUUGGGACACCUACCAACUGAAAAAAAUAAAAGAUUUUCUCUUUUUACACACUUGACACACAUGCUCAGACACAGAGUAUACACAAUGCUUCUUACUCACUUCCUUCCCCCCCAUAUGACAUCUUCAAAUUAACUUUAAACUGAAAUUAUGUGUAGUCUAAAAAAAAAAAAAAAAAAGAAAAUCAUCCAUUUCUGGCAACAUCUCUGUAAUGUUUAACACAAAAACACAAUGCUGUUAAACGGUGGGAGGAACACACUAAAACAGAAUUUACGCUCUGUCCCUCUGAUUCAGACAAAAGAUCUGAGACUCUGCUAAUCAUUAAUCCAGAGAUGUUUUGUGUAUUUUCUGGUUCACGACUGUUAAACAAGCCUGAAGCUUCACCAUCGUCUGUGAAGGCCAAGCAGAGUGUCGCAGAAUUGAAUUAUUCAUGUUUAAAAAAAAAAAAAAAAAA